AUGCUCCGCACAAUUUCCCCGCCGGGAUCCCCCCCGUGGCACGCACUAUAUCGUACAGCACUGACACGGGCAGCAGCUGGAGAUGGGGCAACAGCUACUACUCCAGCAGCAGGCAACACAGCAGGAACACCGGUCACGGAUAAGGCAGCAACGGUACCAGCAGCAACAGCAGCGGCUCCCCGUGCACCUCAGGCAUUAGCCGCACCAGCAACAGUAGGUACAACGGACACAGCAGCGACAGUCAAUGCAGCAGUGACACCUACAGCAACUCACACAGCAGUGACGCCAGCAGCAUGGGUGACAGCAGCAACUGCCGGAGCAACGGGCAACACGGCAGGGAUAACAACAGCGGGUGACGCAGAAAUGACACUGGUGGUGACAGAUGCAGCACCGGUACUCCCUUCACACACCAACCCACCCCUCACCCCAAAUCCAGGGAUCACGGGCCUGGAUUCACCGGCUCCUAUUCCUAUUCCCACCGCCCCACAACCAAGUCUGAACUCACCGGCAGCACAAGCCAGCCCAAUGCCAGGCAUGUUACAGGUGGGUAGCACCAGCAGCCUCUUCAUACAGGGUGCCGGGCCCAACGGCAUGAGGGGAGCAGGGACAGAGGCGUACACGGCAGCUGAGGGGCAAUGUGAGCAGCAGCCCACCGCAGCAACGACACUAGCUGCUAGGGAGGAAGAGGACGGGAGAGGGCCGGCCAGGACAGAUGCAGAUGCAGCCGCUAUAGCUACCCCAGCAGCAGUAAGCAUCGGCAAGGAGCAGGUGGAACUGAAUGAGGGAGCAGGAACCAGGGCAGCCGAGGCAAUGCAGAGGGCAAGACAGCCUACGGAAGAAGCUGGUGACACGAGACGAGCAACGGCAGGGAUCUCUGAGCUGGCAGCAAUGAGGCUGGGAGAACCCUUGGUUGUCACAAGCAACCGCCUAAGCAAUCUCCCACGAACUUGCGAGGGCACUGGUGAGUUACCCCCCAACGGAACAGCACCCAUCGCGCCACCCACCACCGUGCUGCAGCAAGGACAGAGCCACCCGGGCAGCCCCACACCACCUUUGCCGGUACAGGCUAACGCGGCAGAAGCCGCACCACAAGCACAACAACAGCCAAACGAUAGCAGCAGCAGCGAAUGGGCCAAGGAUGAAGGACCUUACAGGGACAGGACCCACAUCCUCUACUGCCCUGUGGAGUUUGACCCAUGCGGAGGAGAGGACGAAGCAGAGCAUCCCGAGGAGCCUAUAAGCCCAAAGAGCCAGGAAGACGCAGCCCCAGAGAGUGUGAAGCUGACAAAGAGAGAAAUUGGCAAGGCAGCAGCAGCUCUUAUGCGGGGUGAGCAGCUCGGCAUGAAGGGUUUGGAAGCGGCAUACGGGCUGCAGGAAGCCGAAGAUCUCCCUGCUGUUUGGCACCGUUUCUUCGAAGACAUGCAGUCAAUGCUACUCAACAAAGCACCACCAGAGCCCCCAGCUUCCUCGCCCUUCAAGACCAUACCCGAGCUUUUACGCAAGGCGCUCGAGAAGGAGCUAGCCUCCUUCAAGAGCUGCCUUCGCACCUUCAGCAAGGUAUCGAACGGCCUAUGCGAACUUCAGCAGCAGUUCAGGGAUGGGGAGGUUUCCCACGCUCUCCGGAUUACAGCCCCCACGCUACAGCUAACCGACCCUACCCUGCAAGAGAAGCUGAACCAGGCCCUAGACAAUGAGCUGAAAACCUUCAAAACAAAAGCUCACCUGACUCUGAUGGGGUACAAAGAAAAGGAGAAGGCUCACUGGGAGGGAGCAGCGGAGGUAUGGACGGCACGGACAUACUCUCGCUUCGAGAGCUUCCUGGAGAAAAGCCUCCACCUUUUCGAGACACAUGCAACACCUGAUACCCCUGCACCCGAUGCUCACCUCAAGGAGCUGGCUGUUGACUACAUGGCACGGGGCAUGGCACGAGAGCUGAUGUACCAUGCUGUGUGGAUCAAGGGCAGCCGCAAAUCAAGGGCAAGGGGGGCAGCUAAGCGGGAGAAAGUACGGGCUGAACAGGCACUGAGGGAGGAGAUUCAAGCUAACCCUUCUACUGACCUGAUUGGGCUGGUAAAAACUCUGGUUGGCCCCCUACAGCAACGGGUAGAGGCCCUGGAGCAGCGGCAGCCUAGGAGCGGGACUGCGGUAGAGCACGGGAAGGCAGCGGGAAAGAGCAGGGCUCAACGCCGUAAAGAGGCGAAGAGAAACAAGGCACGAAACGGAACCACCUCACAGCAACCCACAGCAGCAUCGGCCCCUCAGGCAGGGAAGACCGUAGGGGGGACAGUGGCUACUCCAGCAGCAGCAACAUCAGCAGAGGGACUGGGAGGAGGCGAGAGACAAGCCGGGGGGGUGACCGAAAUGGCAACAACAGUUGCACCGGCAACAGUUGCUGUGACGACAACAGGACCAGCAGCCAUUGCAACAAAAGUGCAAGGAGCAACAGGACCAACGGCAGCAAUAGCUUCAACCAGUGCCACUACACAGCCAGCGCCAGCACCAGUAGCAGCAACACCAGGGGCAGCAAACACAGCUACGCCAUCGGGAGCAGCCGGAGUAGCAGCACAACCGGCACCAGCGACGAUCUCUGCUGCAACACUUCCGAGACAAGCGGAGGGCAGACAGCGGGGAAGGGGCCUGCAGGCGGCAGUGAGGACCUCGCAGCCAUCCGCGGCAGCCAUUGCGACUGCUGCGGCGGUGAAGGUAGCUAUGCGUGGGUUGAAGGUAAACCGGUGCUUGUUCUUGCUAUUUCGCGAACGCUAG